AGUUGUAAAAAUCAUCUUGCCGAAAAGGUAAUUGCUUUCACAUUAUUUGUUUUAUUGUUCAGUUAAAAAAAAUGUAGCUUUUCAUCAUUUUUCCUGAAGAUAAACGGGAUGAGCAUUUCUGUAUCCUCCAUUGACUAGAAAUCUGUAAACUCUCGAAGAAUGCAUGCAGUACUGCACAUGUAUUGUUUAGUUAUUGUGGAAAAAUUAUGCUAGGCUCAGGUUGGGUAUCUAAUGACAGCCACGGUCUCGAAACCUUAGUAAAUUAGUUGCCAUAAAUAAUAAACUGAUAGAAAAUAGUGAAUUUAAUCAUGUUAAACAUUCUAACUUGUAUCCUCACGUUAUACAUUCAAACACUCUUCACGUGUGAGAUCAGACUCUAGAAUGGAAUGAGGAUUUCAAACUUGGGUCAAACUGUCCAUUAUUAUAACAAUUUACCAGUCAUCUCAAAUGCCUAAAUUUGAGAUAGGAAAGAGUUAAUUUAAUUGAUAACCCAUAUUCAAAGUAAAGUCAGGAGAAAGUAUGUCCGUUGUAAAAUUUGGGAGAAUAAAAAUUUUCAUUUUGUUAUCUUGUUUGCUUUCUUUUAUGUGCGUGAUUUACGUGAAGAACAAUGUCAUGGACCCUGUUGUGUGGAGCUUAUUUGAGACAAUCUGAGAUGCCUGAAGUCGUGUACUUAAGCCCUUCUAUUUUUUUCCUGCUAUAUGUCAGUGGUUUAUGCAAAGAUCAGCAUGCAUGUUGCUAACAUCGAGUCAUUGACUAUUUAAAACAAGGGUUAAGAUAUAUUAUUUGGGUGCUUUUAACCUUUUCUUAAAUAGACUUAGUAAUGUGGGAAAAAUACGGAUAUGAUGAAUGAACGAAAGGAGCUAAAAGUAGUCAUAAAAGAUAUAACCUGAGGGAAGAAAACACCAAUAUAUCAAAUGAGGGAAUAACGAAAGGAGCAAAGAUUUUUGACUUGAUAGACUGGAAUAUCCCUAGAACAUUUUCUUUAAGUUAUACUGGUCUGCAAGUAAGAUAUCUUCUUUUUUCUGUAUUCCAGCACAUGCAUCACGUAAAGCACUAAGUACAGCUAGAGGGAUUGUUUAAGUUUUUGUGGCAACCAUCUAUAGUAGAUAUUGAAGUGAAACUCUAGCCAUUACCGUGUUAUGGUUUGUAGCAGAAUAUGCACAGGAAAACCUUCAGUCUAAAUCAAUAUGACUUUAUAUCUGGGUUAAUUCUGGAUUUGUUUUAAAUUAUAUAUUUGAUUUGUUUUGAUGGUGUAAGAGAUUUUAGCUUGGUUCUAAAAUAUUUUGCAGAUGGAUAAAGGUAAGGAGCAUGCAUCUCCUAUAACAUCUCCUACCGCAGAGCUAUCAGCAAAUCCAUCAACCCAGGUGAUACCAAGACCAUUUUAUCCAUUUGGAUCAAUGCCGCCUACUGCAAAUCCAUCAACCAAUCUAGCAACCCAGGUGAUACCAAUACCAUUUUAUCCGGAUUUAACAAAUGUGAUGCAUGGUUGCCAUCCACCAAUGCCACAUGCAUGGUAUCCACCAUUUGUUCCUCGGCCUGAUGCCAACCCAUCUACAUGGACUAAUGAGGGAAAUCCGUUGUCCCCAUUUCAGUCAUCAGUUAACCCUUCGAUGGAAGUACACUCCGCUAGUUCAAGCCAUGUGGAUGAAAUUCAAGAGAUCACACCUGACUCUACUCCCUCCGGUCAAUAUACUGUUGAAUCAAAUGAGAAGAUUGGGUCUGGGCCACAAUCUUCCGGGCAUACUGAAGGGGCUGAUAUCAUUCAGGCGCCGAAGGUCGGGAUGGUGUUUAAAGAUGAAGAGGAGUUAAAUUGUUAUUAUAAAAGAUAUGGGCAGGAAUGUGGUUUUGGGAUAAUGACACAAAGGAGUCAUAGGUUUGAGGAUGGGAGCAUCAAAUAUGUCACAUUGGGUUGUGCUCGUGGUGGGAAGGCACGAAACCGAACGUCAAAUGUCGCAAAGCCACGUCCGACAUCAAAGACAGACUGUAAAGCAAGGAUAAAUGCUAUGUUCAUUGAUGGGGUGUUGAAGGUGUCAACUGUUAAUAAUUCUCAUAAUCAUGGCCUCAGUCCACAAAAGGCAAGGUUCUUCCGCUGCAAUAGAGAAGUAAGCGAGUCUGUUAAAAGAGUGUUAGAUACAAAUGAUCAGGCUGGGAUCAGAAUGAACAAGAGUUUUGCCGCUCUUGUGCAAGAAGCAGGUGGGUUUGAGAACUUGCCAUUCAAUGAAAAAGACUGUCGUAAUUACAUUCAUAAGGCACACCACCUUCGACUUGGGAAAGGUGGCGCUGGAGCCCUCCGUGAGUAUUUUGCCCGGAUGCAAUACAAGAAUGAUGGUUUUUUUCACUAAUAGAUAUGGAUGAUGACGGGCGGUUGAGGAAUGUGUUCUGGGCAGAUGCAAGAAGUAGGGCAUCAUACAAAUAUUUUGGAGAUGUCAUUACAUUCGACACCACAUAUUUGACAAACAGAUAUGGAAUGCCGUUUGCCCCGUUUGUUGGUGUAAACCACCAUGGCCAGUCAAUUCUUUUGGGGGCAGGCUUGAUUUCUAGUGAGGAUACAGAGACUUUCACCUGGUUGUUUCAAACGUGGUUGAAUUGUAUGGAUGGUGACGCUCCAAAGGCUAUUAUCACUGAUCAAGAUAGGGCCAUGAAAAAUGCAAUUGCGCUUGUCUUUCCAAAUAGUCGGCACAGAUUUUGUUUAUGGCACAUAUUGAAAAAAUUACCUGAGAAGUUAGGUUCACAUGGUGCUUACAAAACUGGGUUGAAAAGUCAGUUGUUAAAUUGUGUGUAUGACUCGCACACAACAGAGGAGUUUGAGAGAUCUUGGGCAGUGAUAAUUGAGACGUACAACUUGCAGGAGAAUGCUUGGUUGCAGAGUUUAUACGUUGAGCGUAUGUAUUGGGCACCCGUAUUCAUGAAAGAAGUAUUUUGGGCUGGAAUGAGUACAACCCAACGAAGCGAAAGCAUGAAUGCUUUUUUUGAUGGGUAUGUGCAUGCUAAGACAAACUUAAAAGAAUUUGUUGAUCAAUUCGAUAAUGCAUUGAGGAAGAAGAUUGAGAAUGAAAAUGCAGCGGACUUCCACUCCUUCAACACCGCUAUUCCAGUCAUCUCUCCCUCUCCACUUGAGAAGACAUUUCAAAACAUAUACACUUGCAAUAAAUUUAGGAAAGUCCAGAAAGAAGUGAUGGGGAUGCUUGCAAGUCUUCCAACUCUACACCGGAAGGAUGGUGUAAUUGCUACGUACCAUGUAGAAGAUGAGGUGGAUAUUGAUGAUUUCAUCAAAGAGGUGACCCAUACGGUGUAUUUUAAUGAGGUCGAAUGCGAGGUGAAGUGUUCAUGUGCCUUGUUCGAGAUGAGAGGCAUAUUGUGUAGGCAUGUAUUAGGCAUUAUGAGACUUAACAAAAUCCGUUCGGUGCCGGAAAAGUACAUAUUAGAUCGAUGGAGGAAAGACAUAAAAAAGACAUACACCCUUAUCCGAAGUAGUUAUGACAUAGUUGAUGAGAGGCCAGAAGUGAGUAGAUAUUCACGUAUCAUCAAGAGAUGUUAUCAGGUCGCCACUAAUGCAGCUUCAUCUGAUGAGCAUACUGAGGAUAUGCUAGCUAAGUUAGAUGCAAUGAACUUAGGCUACUUGAAUAAGGGUGCAUCUCAUCAAACUUGUUCGAACGUUGCAGUUACACUUGCCGCUACAACCACAACUGAGAGUUCGAAGAAAGUACUGAGUCCCCUUGUAGUGAGAGGUAAAGGUAGACCGCCAUCUCUGAGGAAGAAAUCAAUGAUUGAGAGAGUCAAGCCCACGACGAAGAAGUCUACUCAAAAAGGAAAACGUAAACAGCCGCAUGGAAGAGAAGGCGAAGUUGUUGGAACGUGUCGGAAUUUAUUUGGACAACCAGUUAUUGGGACACAACAAAGUGUAGCCGUUCAGGUUACAUACGGGUUUUUAUUAUUUAUAUUGUGUUUUUUGGGCUAGGAAAAAUGAGUUUGCAUAGCAGUUUUUGUUUGUUGAUCUAAUAUUUUGGAUGUAUUGUUAGCCGCCUCAAAACACUACCGACGACAUACCCUUUAGUUCCACUGAGUUUGGUGUUGCAAUGAUUGAGACUCAAGAAAGUGUAAACCAUCUUGUUUAACUUGGUCUUUACUCUAGCCGUCCCAUGUUUUAUGGCACUUUUUGGUUUUAUUUUUAACAGUUAUGGUUUUCCCGUCACAGAUACCUAUUGAAGUGGAUGGAACCCAGCUUGAUAGCUUGCCACAGACACAAUAGUGGCUGUAAGUCAGUAAGUUAGAUAGACAAAUAUUUAAGUUUGAUAGAGCCAUUUUGUUGUAUUGCAUAAAUAUGGGCUUAUUUUGAUAUCUAUUGCAUAAAUAUGGGCUUAUUUUGAUCUAUAUAAGAGUUGGGAGGAUAACAUUGAUCCCGUUCACCUCUUGAGGCUGUAAGUCAGUAAGUUUUGGUCUUUACCUCCAAAUUAUCACAACUGCCUAAUAGAUAUGGCUUCAGUCAAUUCUUUUGCUUAUGUCAUUGCUUGCUUUCCUAUGUUCAUACAAAGUAGUUCUUGAUCUAAAAAAACAAACCAUUAAUAUUUUAUGAAAAGUCAUUUUAUGGUUUUUUGCUUAUGCUAUCAGGUAUGGUUUAUAUAGUUUAUUUCGUGCUUGAAAUAGCUUUCAGACUAUUUGUGUCUAUUUGUUGUGUGCUGUGAUUUCAGACUAGAUUUUUGGUAGAUUCAUGGCACUUUUGUACAAAAAUAGGAAGAUUAAGAGAUUACUUGGCUUGCUUUUUGGAUCCAGUCAAGCAAGAGAUGGGUAUAUAAAAGCAGAUCAAUUCCAGUGAUUUUGUUGGAGAAAUCCUUUAUUUGCUUAUGUAAUUAUUAGUUGCAAAGGAUAUUGAGAGCUGUUUCUGCAGAGGAAUUUGGAGUUUGUUGGCUACGGCAUUGGGUAGCUGUUGUAGUUAUUAAAUUAUGGACAACUGAACUAUUAAAUUUUGAUAUGUAAAUAUAUAAGAUCAGCUUGCAGGAGUUUGCCCGGAUGCAUGUGUUUUUUUUGCUGCUGCUGCAGAAUUUUUUGUUUGUUGGCUACGGCUGUAAGUCAGUAAGCUUGCAGGAGUUUGCCCGGA